CACUUUUUUUUCUAUUAUUCUUAUAUUUUUCUUUUUCUGUUUUUCUGUAAUUGUACACUCCUUUUUUCACCACCACCACUUUUUUAUUUUUAUAAUCAACCAAUUUCAACUUUCUCAACUUAGAUAAAAAUGAUGCAUGGACGGCGGCGCGAAUUAGUCAGAGAGUCCACACUCGACGAAGCAGAGCAGAACAAACAGCGCGUGUCCAAAUACCGCACCUUGAGCGCACAAGUAAUGACCAUGAAAUCGCAAAACACAUUCAGCCCCGACGCCCUAUCCGCCACCCGAAACCUCCUAGAGCUCAACACCGAGCUGCACACAGUAUGGAACUACCGGCGCAAAAUAUUCCUCAACCUCGACUCCUGGCAGGACAUGUCCUUGCGCCAACAACAUUUGGAAGAAGAGCUGGGGUUUUUGCUCGAAAUCAUCGUGAGGAAUAUAAAGAGCUACUGGAUGUGGAACCACCGGGUCUGGGCACUAUCUAUGCUGCCGGUUCCCAGCUGGGAGCGCGAACUGGCGCUGGUUGCGAAGCUGCUCGCUGUUGAUGCGCGCAACUUCCACGGCUGGGACUACCGGCGCUUUGUCGUCGCCAAGCUCAGAGAGACUAAGGGAGAUGACGUGGACUUGGCCGAGUUUGCAUUCACCACGGAGCAGAUUAACAGGGACUGCGCCAACCAUUCGGCAUGGCAUAACAGGAGCAAGCUGCUGCCCACUUUACUCCAAAGGUGCGCGUCUCCUGAGGAGCGCAAGGAGUUGCUGGGCACGGAGGUUGAUUUGAUUCUGAACGCUAUUUAUACGGAUCCCGAUGACCAGAACGCAUGGCUGUACCAUGAGUGGUUGUUGGACGUGCAGACGAGCACGGAGGAUAGGUGUGGGCUUUUGCGGGAUAAAGUCGCUGCCAUUCGCGAGUUUCUCGAGCUGGAGGCUGAUAGUAGGAGGCCGAUGGUUGAGCUUGUUGAUGCGUUCAUUGGCCUGGACGACUUGGCCCCUGGGUGUGUCACAGAGGACGAGAGGCGGGAGUGUGUGGACACCCUGCGCAGGCUAAGGAGCAUUGACCCGUAUCAUACUGGCCGGUACAACGAUACAGAGACGAUUCUUGGCAAGCGGUGGCCGACCGCUGCUGUAAACGAAUAAUGCCCAUUUUUUCAAUAAAAAAUAUUUUCACGCUUAAAGCAAA